AUGGCGCUGAUGGAGCUACGUCUCCUGGUACUGGCCUUAUGGGUUGGCAUUGGAGUAAAGCUCCAAGUUCGGGGCGACCAGAUGAAUCCAGCCCAGGCACCUCUGAUCCCUCACCGGCCUUUUGUUGUUGUGUGGAAUGCUCCCACUGAGUCCUGUCGCCUUCGAUUCAAGGUGGACCUUGACCUCAGCGUUUUCGACAUUGUAGCAAACCUCAAUGAAACCUUAAGUGGACCAAAUGUUACUAUAUUUUACCACAGCCACUUGGGAUACUACCCAUACUACUCCAACUCUGGGACCCCUAUCAACGGUGGACUGCCACAAAACCAGAGCAUUUCCAAACACUUGAGCAAGGCCCGGGCCGACAUUGACAAGCUAAUCCCCCACAAGGAUUUUCGAGGUCUGGGUGUCAUCGACUGGGAGAACUGGAGGCCUCAGUGGGUCCGAAACUGGGGCUCCAAGGACAUCUACCGCAACAAGUCCAAGGAACAGAUCCGGAAACUUCACCCGAACUGGCCGGAGAGCAAGGUUGAGAAGGAAGCAAAGGAAAGUUUUGAGAGGGCUGGGCAGACCUUCAUGAACCUGACCUUGGCCCUGGCUGAAGGACGCAGGCCUGACGGGCUGUGGGGAUUUUACCUGUUCCCAGACUGCUACAACUAUGGAUAUAAGCAGCACCCGCAACGGUACACCGGUGAAUGUCCCAAUGUUGAGCAUGUACGCAAUGACCAUCUGAUGUGGCUUUGGAAGGAGAGCACCGCCCUCUACCCAUCCAUCUAUCUGGACUAUGAGCUCAAGUCCUCCCCCAACACUGUCAAGUUCGUCCACUAUCGAGUCAAGGAAGCCAUGAGAAUUGCAUCCAUCGCCCGUACGGACUUCACAUUGCCCGUGUUUGUCUACUCCAGACCUUUCUACGCCUAUACCUUUGUGGUUCUUUCAGAGAGUGAUCUGGUUCACACCAUCGGGGAGAGCGCUGCAUUAGGAGUGUCAGGCGUCGUCCUCUGGGGAUCAUCAGAGUACGCUCGAUCACAGAGGAACUGCCUGACAGUAAAGAAGUACAUCGACGGUCCGCUGGGACAUUAUGUCAUCAACGUCACCUCUGCUGCCAAGCUUUGCAGCAAAGCGCUUUGCAAGAAGAAUGGCAGGUGCGUUCGCAAGAGCCUGGACUCAGGCGCUUACCUGCACCUGAACCCGCGCUUCUUCCACAUCCACCGCAACCCGACACCCAGGGGCCCUCGCUUCCAUGUCAGUGGUCACCUCAACAACCAUGACAUCCUGGACAUGAAGCACAAGUUCACCUGCCAGUGCUACCAAGGCUGGACAGGUGUUUACUGCGAGAUGCCUCAGGCUCCACCCCAUCCUCCUCCCCCACUUCAGCCUGUGAUCCCUGUGCCUGACCCCAGGGAGAACAGCCUGCUGGGAGAUAUCUUGCUCCUCCUAUCCCUCCAUUUCUCCUGUCUGUGUAUUAUCAUGUUCCUUGGACUCUGUCUGAUUAUUAAGUGUCUGAUACUUUAG